CGGCGACCCUCUGCGCCUGCGUCCUCCUGCCCGCAGAUUCCGCCGGAGGGCUUGUACGGACGCACCGGGAAAGAACGGAACUGCCGGGGCACAGAGUGCUCUGAGCCGCCUAGAGCGGACUCAUGAAACCUGUGCUUUGAUUGACUGAAGAGAGAAAAGUGCAUUUCAUUUAGCGAGAAUGGAUUAAGGGAAAGGGUAGAGCUGUGGGAGAGCUGUGGUGUGACGGAGCCUGUGUUGAGGGGGAAGGAGAGGGAACAGGCAGGAGAUGAUGCUGGAACAAGCCCAACACUCAGUUAUUGAGCAGGCACUUGGUAAAUGCCGACUUACUGAUUAAGACAAUUAAGACUUAGUAUCGUUUGCAGUUUGCUAAUACUGUGUUGAGCACUUUAUACAUAUUCUCAUUUAACUCUCAGAAUAGUCACUUAAGGAGUCUCUCUAUGAGGGGCUAGUCCCAGAGGGCAGACAGCUCCCUGUCUCCACCAAUGUCCUCAGUUACUGAAUUGAAGUCCCUGAAACAUGCUUCUCACUGUGUUUUCCUGUCCCUGGACCAGAUCCUGACCUCAGGGCUGCGGCAAGAUCUUGUCAUUCCACAUCAUGGUUUCCUUUGAGGACGUGGCCGUGCUCCUCUCCCAGGAGGAGUGGGACUGUCUGAUCCCUGCUCAGAGGGGCCUCUACAGGGAUGUGAUGCUGGAGACCUAUGGGAACCUAGUGUCACUAGGACUUCAAGCUUCCAAACCUGAUGUCAUCUCUAGGCUGGAGCAGGGGGACGAACCAUGGACCACACACACCCUGAGAAUGCAGGGGAGCUGGAGCUGGAGGCACAAGAGAGAAGGCUGUGAUUCUAGGAUUGAAAAAAAAGAAUUCAUUCCAAAGCAGGACAUUUCUGAAGAAAUGGAAUCCCAGACAGCAAAAUUAAAAGAUUAUAUAAGGAAUAAUUUUAAGGAAGCUAAAGAGAUGAGUCAAACUGAGGGAAAGUUAGAGAACUGGUGGAGAAAAUAUGCAGUGGAAGGAAUUAAGAACUCUUUCUCACAGAAGAGCAGUUUCAGAGCAAUUAUUAUGAGGUGUGUGAAAACCCUCUCUGGAGAGAAUGGCCAGAAAUUCAAUACUGUUGGAGAAAACUGCAUUACAGACUCAAAUCUUGCCAAACAUCUUAAAGUGUCUAGAGAGGACAGUCUCGAUCCAAGUGUGUCAAGUGUAGAAAACUUGCAACAACAUGAGGACCUCAUUAACCUCGAGAGUUUCCAGUUAGGGGAAAGAGCCUGUCAGACAGAUGUGUUAGUGAAAGUACCCAGACAGAGUUCAGUUCUUAGUGAGAAUCAGAGGAUGAAUAAUCCAGAGAGACCCUUUGAGUGUACUGAAUGUGAAAAAACUUUCCAUCAGAACAGAGCUUUUAACCAGCACCAGAGAAUUCAUAGUGGAGAGAUGCCCUAUGAGUGCAAUGAAUGUGGAAAAGCUUUCAGUAGGCCCUCUGUCUUCAGUAAACAUCAGAGAAUCCACACUGGUAAGAAACCCUACACAUGUAAGGAUUGUGGCAAAUUUUUCAGUGCUCACUUAUACUUUAUUCAGCAUUGUAAAAUUCACACUGGAGAAAAACCGUAUGAGUGUAUUAAAUGUAGGAAAGCUUUUAGUACGCAUUUAUCUUAUAUGCAACAUCUAAAAAUUCAUACAGGAGAGAAACCUCAUGAGUGUAAUCAGUGUGGGAAAGCCUUUAGUCAUAGCUCUAAUAUGAUUCAUCAUCAGAAAAUUCAUAGUGGAGAAAAGCCUUACAAGUGCAAAGAAUGCGGGAAAGCCUUCAACAGACAAUCACACCUUAUUCAGCAUCAGAGAAUUCAUUCUGGAGAGAAACCUUAUGACUGUAAUGAGUGUGGCAAAGCCUUCAGUGCACGAUUAUCUCUUACUCAGCAUCAGAGAAUUCAUACAGGAGAAAAGCCCUAUGAAUGUAAUGAAUGUGGAAAAUCUUUUAGCCUGAACCGAACUCUUACUGUCCAUCAGAGAAUUCACACUGGAGAGAAACCUUAUAGGUGCAAUGAAUGUGGAAAAUCCUUUAGUCAGUGCUCACAAGUUAUUCAACAUAAGAGAAUUCAUACUGGUGAGAAGCCUUAUACCUGCAAUGAGUGUGGAAAAUCAUUUGGUGCUCGUCUAUCCCUUAUCCAGCAUCAGAGAAUUCACACUGGAGAGAAACCUUAUGGUUGUAGUGAAUGUGGGAAAACCUUUAGUCAAAAGGGACAUCUUAUUCAGCACCAGCGAAUUCACACAGGAGAGAAACCCUAUGAAUGUAGUGAGUGUGGAAAAGCUUUCAGCCAGAAUUUUAAUCUUAUUCACCAUCAAAGAACACACAAUGGUGACAAGCCCUAUGAAUGUAAUGAAUGUGAUAAAGCCUUUAGUGUGCUUUCUUCCCUUGUUCAACAUCAGAGAAUACAUAAUGGAGAGAAACCCUAUGAGUGUCACAAAUGUGGGAAGGCCUUUAGCCAGGGGUCACACCUUAUUCAGCAUCAGAGGAGUCACACUGGUGAGAAACCCUAUGAGUGUAAUGAGUGUGGGAAAACCUUUGGACAGAUAUCCACCCUAAUUAAGCAUGAGAGAACCCACAAUGGAGAGAAGCCCUAUGAGUGCAGUGACUGUGGGAAGGCCUUCAGCCAGAGUGCACACCUUAUCCGCCAUCGAAGAAUUCACACUGGAGAGAAUCCCUAUGAGUGCAGUGACUGUGGGAAGGCCUUCAAUGUUCGCUCCUCUCUCAUUCAGCAUCACAGAAUUCAUACUGGUGAGAAACCUUAUGAAUGUAGUGAGUGUGGCAAGGCAUUCAGUCAGCAUUCACAAUUUAUCCAACAUCAGAGAAUUCAUACUGGAGAGAAACCCUACAUGUGCAGUGAAUGUGAGAAAUCCUUCAGUGCACGCUUAUCCCUUAUCCAACACAAGAGAAUUCACACUGGAGAGAAACCCUAUGUAUGCACCAAAUGUGGAAAAUCCUUCCGACAAAGCUCUCACCUUAUUCGACAUCAGAGAAUUCACAGUGGGGAGCGACCUUAUACAUGUAAUCAAUGUGGAAAAACCUUCGGUCAGAGAAUAACUCUUAUUAGUCAUGAGAAAAUCCAUACAGUUCACAUAAGAGAGCAAACCUAUGAAUGUAGUGUGGGGAACUCUAGUGCACAGUCAUCUUUUAUUCAACAGUGUACGGUUCACAGUGGAGAGUAACUGAUUAGUUUAUAAAUUAUUCAGAGUUAUAGAUUAUACGAGAGUCAUGCUGGUGAGGAAAGAGUCAUGGUUUGCCUUUUGGAGAUUCAGCUCUUAAAGUAUUUAACUCUCCCAGUGAGCUGCUAACUAAAGACAGGCUGGUUAAGUAUAUAGUAAUAAUUCCACGAUAACACAUCUUCCCUCAGAUUCAGAGGAUGGGCCCCCUUCUUGAGUCCUGUAGAUAGGUGAAACUUAAUUAUUUAGAUGCUUUUCAUAGCACCAGACCUUAAGAUGCAGUUAGGUAUUUCACUUGACCACUUGCUCUUCCUUUUUUCUUCCCUUUCCCCUUCCCCUUCCCCUCUUUCCCUCUUUCCCUCUUCCCUCCACCUCCCGCAUUCUUUCUCUUUAUAAUUUAUUUCAACUUCAAGGAAAGUAGUUGAGAUCCUUGCACUUCCAAGUGUGAUGGAACCAGGCUGGGGUUUUCUUUGGCCUCCUCAAAACUUUUUUUAUUCUGUUAUGAGGAGUACGAUACCUUAAGCUUCAAAAGUGUUAUUUGUCAACAUCAGGUAAUUCACAGAGAGGAGUGCUGAGGCCAGCUCAGUUGUGGAGACCCCAAACCAGGUGGCACUGAAGAAAUUAAGAAACAGACACAGAGAUAGCAAAAAGGUAUGGGAUGACAGGGAGCCACAGCAUUCCCAACUGAGAGCCCCAACAGAGUGACCCACACAUUUAUUUACAGCAAGCAAGUGAUAAUCAUCAUUUAACUAAAGCAUUCUUUACAGAGAACAAAGUAUUCUUUACUAGUGGCAAGAAACAGGCUCUGGCAUGUUUACUGCAGCUGGAACGAGUUGUUAAGGCAUGGGUUGCUCAUGCUAUUGUUCGUGGUUCAGAAGCACUCUGAGCAGUCUUUUACCAAAGAGCAGGUCAGGUAUUUCUUUCCCUCACUCCAGUAAACCAACAACCACUAGCAAUGUGCAUCACUGCCAUCAUGAGGGUGUCACAGUGCUAUAGAUAUCCUGUUUAUGCCAGGCUUAGGGACUGUUCCCAACAGACAAGAAACAUGACUACAAGCAAAAGUUUGUUAAGGUGAGUCUUAUAUGUAGAUUAAAAUAGUCGAGACCUUGCUAAAAAGUCAAAUAACACUGUACUGCACCUCCAGGUUUCCAAGAGUUAAGACACUGCCAGCAAGGGACUUGCAGCCUUGUGGCUGGCUCAGUACAUCCAACUAAUUCAAAAUGGGAAAUUGUACAGUUUACUUAAACAGGAUUUGGUAGAUGGGUCUUCUACAUGUGUUGUUAUGAAGAAAAAUAAGGAAAAUGCCCAAAAGUGGGAGCCUGUGGCUUAUGGCUUUACUUAAUCAUCACAGAUAGCUAUGUUCCAAUGCAAGAACAGAGUUCAUGUCUUUUCCUGAGGUGGCUGGAAACCUUAAUCUCCUGAAGUUAAGUCAAAACUCAGUAUUAACUCACCCAGCUCUCUUGGCUGAAGGCUGAGCCGGGGACUUGGAGCUUUUUUAGCAGUUAUAACUUCUUCUAGAGAAGAACUUUUAAAAAGGUGGAAAAAGAAAUUCCGUUUCCCCCAAGGAUGUCUUUUUUGAGGUUCCAUUAAGAGAUGACAAAAGGGUUAGGAAGCUGUCUCAGUGUCUUUCUCGAGGCCCAUGAUUAGAGAACCAAAUUAGAAAAUAAUAUAUAUUUUUUGUUUUACUCCUGUUUACAUACAAUGGAGGUGUUUACUUAACUAAGAACCUCAGUAUUUUUUCAAAUCCUGAUUUAGCUUUUAUGGCUAAAACAUUCCAGAUUAACCUUAUCAGUUUGGAAUAUGUUUUUAUAUUCCAUUAAAUAUUUCAUCCAAAUUAUGCUGAAUUUUAUUACAGUUUUUAAUGUUUUCUAUUCAAAUCAGAAAUUUACCUAAUUACUUGGCUUGGUGAUGGCAUUAAUGUUGGUUGGGAGCUAGAUGGUCUCUGAUGUAUUUGAUGAUUGGCAUAGAGCAAUCAUAUGCUUGGUUCCUCCCUCCCUCCCUCCCUCCCUUCCUUCCUUCCUUGCCUUUCUCUCUCUCUUUCUUUUCUUUUCUUUU